CUUACUGCCUCAUACUCUCAUCAACCAGCCACGGAGUGACCAGUGGCUCGUCCCCAGCCGUCAGACAAGAAAUCUCUCUCUCCCGGAUGCGUCCGUGUGCGUGCUCCCCAGUCAUGCCUUCUGCAGUAGUAGUAGUAGCAGUUGCCCUUCUCCUGCUGCUGGCCAACCCCCCGCCCGCACUGGCCAAGCGCUUCGACUGCCAGAUGUUCUGUCGCACCACCGGGUUCAAUGGUAUGGUUGGCGGGUGUCGCUGCUCCUUUACCCUCUUCACCGCCAAGCGCGCCGCCAGAGACCACAACAGCGUGCCUGAAGAAGUAGAUCCUUCGCUGGAAGACCCUCAGAAAGACGAAGCCCACUACUUCAGCCUCGCCGGUCUGGUACGACUGGCUCGCGAGACCCACAACAGCAUACCCACGGAGGACAGCCAGCAAGACUCCACUGUCGUGGAUCACUCGAAAGUUGCCGCUGCAGCCAUACCCAAGAACCACCCAGCGCGUCUACUGGUCAGGACUAAUGUUAGUUCAGGCACUCAGAAACCCUUCAUCAGGCUUGGGCGAUCUCCCUCCCAGAUGCUGUUAAAACGCAAGGAGUUCGAGCAGGACCUUGAUAACGGAGACACAGCCGAUUAUCUUAGGCUGCCCUACUAGAUGUGGAUAUUAAGCAUCAUGAGAUGUUUUCAUACAACUUCAUUCAAUUAAAUUAUUUGUUUUGAUUAGUUACAAAUCCUGGCACUACAGAGGCCUGAUUUAUGAUGCAUAAUCACGAAAGAGAGGUAAAAGUACCCUGUUGCAGACAAGUGUAGAGAGCCUUCCUAUUUACUAUCAGGUUUUGCACUGUUUCCUACAAGUAAAAUAUAUUUUUGUUGUCUUAGAACAUUUAUAAGAUACCUAGUGGAAAAUGUACCUCGUUUAUAGGCCUAUCAAUGUAACUUUUGCCAUUUAGCCUCACAUAAUAAAUCUGAAAAUGCUUUAGGAUAUUUUGCUUAUGGAAUAUGUUAAUAGUUUUCCUAAUUUUCCUAUAUUAUUCGAGACUAACAUCCGGAUACCAACCAAAAAAAAAAAUUAAUACACAUUCUCGCCAUGAUAUCCAACAUUUAAUAAAGACACACACGACAAUGGAAAA